AUGCUAACUUCUCUCUUCCUCUCCGCGCGAGCUUUCCCAUCUCCGAUCACUAACUCCUCCUUAAAUCCUCCUAAUCAAAACCCUUCAAACGCCCCCAAAAUCCCCCAAUUAAGAGAAAACCCAACACUCUCCGAUACUCCGAUCAAGGUUCCGACUGCUCCAUGGAUGAAAGCUCCUCUCUUGCUUCGACCCGACGAGGUUCUCGAUAAGAGAAUCAAGCGACGAAACGUUGAGGAGAAGACGUUCAAGGCGUUAAAUCGUAGAGAGAGCGGUGUCAGAGGAAGUAAAGCCAUGAAGAAAAUCGUCCGUAACGUCGAAAAGCUCGACGAAAACAGCGAUUCGGUAGAAACCCAGAUGGAUAAUCCCGGCGAAUUCGAGUCCUUGGGUCGAAUUGCGGCGGAGAUUGAGCCGGUGAUGAGAUUUGGCGGGAAAAUGCCUUGGGAUAGAGAAGAAGAGAAGUUCAUAUUGCGGAGGACGAAGAAGGAGAGAGUCCCGACGACUGCUGAUCUUAUCCUCGAGGAAGGAUUGUUGAAGAGACUUAGACUUGAAGCUUCGAAGAUGAGAAAAUGGGUGAAUGUGAGAAAAGCUGGAGUUACAGAGAACGUUGUGAAUGAUAUUAGAUCGAUCUGGAGAUUGAAUGAGCUUGCUAUGGUGAGAUUUGAUGUUCCUCUUUGUCGAAACAUGGAACGAGCUCAAGAGAUUAUAGAGAUGAAGACUGGAGGUUUAGUUGUGUUAAGCAAGAAGGAGUUUCUCGUUGUUUAUCGAGGAUCAUCGAAUUCUUCAUCAGAGAAAAACAAUUCGGUAUGUGUCAAGGGACAAGAUGAGAUUAGCUCAUCAUUGUAUGUGAGAGAAGCUGAUAGGUUAUUGAAUGGUUUGGGACCUCGAUAUAUGGAUUGGUGGAUGCGAAGACCGUUUCCAGUUGAUGCUGAUUUGCUUCCUGAUGUGGUUAAUGGAUAUAGACCUCCAUCUAGACGUUGUCCACCAAACACUAGAGCAAAGCUGAGUGAUGAAGAGCUUACCUACUUGAGGAACAUUGCUCAAGCUUUACCAUUUCAUUUCGUCCUCGGGAGGAACCAAGGGCUUCAAGGUUUAGCUUCCGCUAUCGUAAAACUAUGGGAGAAAUGUAUUAUUGCAAAGAUUGCGAUCAAAUGGGGAGCUAUCAAUACAAACAAUGAGGAAAUGGCAGAUGAAUUGAAGCAUCUCACUGGAGGAGUUCUGAUACUACGCAACAAAUACUUAAUAAUACUUUACAGAGGCAAGGACUUUCUAUCUGAUGAAGUUGCGGAUAUGGUUGAUGACAGAGAGAGAUUACUCAGACGAUACCAACAUUUUGAAGAAACCAAACGUGAGAGCGAUAUAGAAAUAUUGGAGGUAACAAAUGGUAAACAAAGUGAGGAAAAAAGCAAAACCGGAACUUUAUUGGAGUUUCAAGAACUUCAAAGAAAAUUCGGGGAAAUGGAGACGAGAAACCUAGAGACUGAAGCUGAGAAAGCAAAAAUAGAAAAGGAAGUCAAAAGCCAAGAACGCAAGCUUUCCAUUCUAAAAUCAAAGAUAGAGAAAUCAACAAUGGAAUUAACCAAAUUGAAUUCUUUAUGGAAACCAUCUGAGCAAGACGAUGACGUCGAGAUAUUGACUAAUGAAGAAAGAGAAUGCUUGAGAAGAAUAGGGCUGAAGAUGAAUAGCAGCUUGGUUCUUGGUAGAAGAGGAGUCUUUGAUGGUGUAAUGGAAGGUCUACAUCAGCAUUGGAAGCACAGGGAGGUUGCUAAAGUGAUCACAAUGCAGAAGAUUUUCUCAAGAGUUGUCUACACAGCGAAAGCCCUUGAAGCAGAGAGCAAUGGAGUACUGAUCUCAGUUGAGAAACUAAAAGAAGGACACGCGAUACUCAUAUACCGCGGCAAGAACUACGAACGUCCUUCAUCAAAACUGAUGGCACAAAAUCUUUUGACCAAACGAAAAGCGUUACAAAGAUCUGUUGAGAUGCAGCGACUUGGCUCACUGAAGUUCUUUGCUUACCAGAGAGAUAGAGCAAUAGAAGAUUUGAAGGUGAGAUUGGUAAAUGUUCAAGAGUCUGCUUCUGAGUUUGGUUGA